GAAGAAAUCUGCUUCAUCUAAUUCAGUCCUAAUUCAGUCCUGCUAAUCUGCUAAUACUGUAGAUUGAAAGAUUUUUGCUGUUGCCAGGAUACCCUGUAAUGGGCAAGGAGCCUGAGAGAGUACAAAUUCUGUUUUUUAAAUUUUGUUAAAGCUUUUGUUUAACAGGGAACAUGUUUUAAAGUGUUUUGAUUUUGUGCCAGGAAGUGUAUCAGCUGCCCAGCCUCCCAUUCUUUGAAGAGUUUCAAAGCAAAUGUGUUCAUGAAUUGACAUACAUUAGGAAUGUGGAGCUAUCAGUGUGUUUGAGUCAACGUGAACUAUUGUGGAAGUUCUUCUAGACUCCGUCAUAGCAAUUGACUGCUGGACAUUCGGUCAGUGGAUGUGUGUGUGCACGUGAUGGGUGUGUAUUGUCUAUAUUGUGUAAACACGUGUACUUGUAGCUCUGAUCUAGAGGUAAGUGCAGCCAGUGGGAGCACGGAAUGGUAAGUGUGAAAGAGAUGUCACUUCUGUCUCAGUUUUCAGCUGCUCUACAAGUGUGACAGGCCCCUCCUUUGGGAAGUGAAAAGGAGGUUCUUACUGUCUAAUAUAUAGAGAAUGAAAGUCGUCCUUCCUUAUCAGAUAACUUUCCUUCUCACUAGGAGCUGGAGACAGCUGUUUGAGUGUUAGGAAAAUGACUGUUUUCGUACUGUUUUCAAACAUGCCUUUUCUUCUAGUCAAGAGAAGACUGCCACGUAUUUCCCUUAAGCUUGUAGUUAGCUCAGCUAGCAGCUGGAAUCUGGACUGCCUGGAAUCAAUUGUAUCCAUAUUAUAUUGUUAAAUUGUAGAAUAGUUAAUGCACACGCUGAGUUUUUCUGUUGUGUUCCCAAACACGCUUUAGCUACACAGGGAAUUGUUGAUAGCAUUUGGGAGAAGCGACGUGUUGUUUUGGCAUGUAAGUGAAAUUCUACCUGGUGAGUGUUUAUAACACUGAACUGUCACUGGCUUAUCUGCAAGGAGCAUUGCCCUGCAAUUCCUGUAUCUUACAGCUCAACAGUGGUAAGAACUUUACUCGUAUGAUUUCACCUGUGUUUAAGAAAUGUAGAAACUGUCUCACAAAAACACUGCUGUAUUAUUGCUUUUAUUUCAAUUUGUGAUUACUAGGUGUGAUACAGUGCAGUUGAAUGUAGGAUUUGGAACGGUAGCUGAUAUCUUAGCAGUUUAAGAAGUAGCCACUAGAGUGUAUUCUCUGUCAAUGAGUGCUCUUUCUGUCUCUCUCUCAAAUUUUUUCAGGGAUGUACUUUAGUUUUACCUUGAACAGAUGGUAAAUUUCCAGUAUCAAAGUAAGGGCUUUAUGAAUGCUAGUGUAGUAGCUGAUUAACAUUCAUUGCUUUGGGCAGAAAUAAGGUGGAGACUAAUGAAAUGUAGUUAACCAGUUGGUGUCUUGGGGAGCUGGCAGAAGGACAUGCUUAGCAUUUUAAAGAAGCCACUUCAUCUUAAAGGUCUUUGAAAUGUUGCUAAAUUCUCAUGGUGUUAGCAUUAAAAGAUGCUAUUUCCCUCAUUACUCCCCCCAAGCCCUGCUCACCUGUUUGGUUUUUGGAAGACAGUUCAUUGUUUGCACUGGAAAUGCUUUAUAGAAGUGCUGAGGAAUAAACCUUGGCUGAGUAACAUCGGUGGUGCCAAGGACUACGUUUGUGGCUCCUGCCCUUGCAUCCAGUGAUGAAGUUGCCUUCUGUUAGCUGCUGUCUGAGAGUGGGAAAAUCCUGUUUUAUUGAAAUAUCCUACUUAACUUAGGAUGUGUUUGAUCAGAGGAAAGUUUGUUUUUUUUGGUGCAGAAGUAACUGAUUUUUCCUCUGUGCUCUUGAACUCCAUAUGAAGAAGACAGUGUUGUGAAGAAGCUGUGUUUCAGUUCAGUACUUGGCAACACAACCCUUAUUACUGUGUAGCAUUUCUUAGGGUCACAAAACACUGCAGAAGCUUCAGCUUGACACCCGAUGCACUUGAAAAUUCUCAUGUUAACUGUUUAUUGCUGUAAAAAUGUGUGAAGUUCUUGAUGGAAGCUCUGGGUAUCUGCCUUUAACACAUUCAGCUGUCAAGUAAAACAUCGUACCUGAAACAGCUUUUAGCUGAAUGCCUGAAGUCCUUUUAGCUCUGUGUCUGUGCUGCUUCAGAUGGCCACAUCUGCUUGUAGGUACCACAGGUAUGAGCUGCCAAGCUGGGGGUAACUCCUGGUUAAAGAUUCACCUGCAUAUGAUACAUAAAAGUCCAGAAAUGAAAUGAGCAGAUCACCUAAAUAGUCUUUACAAAGCACACUUCUUUAAGAUUUGAGGCAGGAGACAGUCCCCAGAAUUAUCCAUGUAGGGGCACAUCUGUCUAGAAUUUGUGUUCAUUUUGUAGGCUGAGAGCAGAGAUGUCUGCAUUCGGGAGAGCUGUUUGACUGCUACAUCUACUGGAAUCUACUGGGAACUAUGGAGAAACUUGUUACAUCCACAGGUUUUGUUCUCACGGAGAUGUCAGCUGAGCGUUUGGCCUCUGGAGGCACCCACAGUCUAGGUCCUGUUAAACAAAACACACCGUGGUGUUUUCAGCUGUAGUGGACAAAAGAUGUAUAGGGUUUGGGGAAGGAGCAUUUGUAAGCUUUAUUUCCUCUCAGUUAAGAAUUUCAGUUAUCUGUGGCUCAGAAGACUGAGUAAUUUUGUCAGUUUAUCGAUUUUUGUUACAGAUUUUAAGUCAGAUUUUAACUAUGUGGAGUGCUAUUCCAUGGUUCGUUUAGAGAAGAAUCUGUUACAGUGUUAACUGCAGGAAAAAGUCAGGUUUUUUUUUUUUUUUUUUGUCACAAAUGCUACAUAGUACCUUUGAUUGUUAUAGUUUGUAUCAAGUUGGUGUGAACUAUCUGAGGAAAUACUUAAAUGAAUUGGAAGUUUGCUAGCCUUGCUUGCUGGGAGCUUUCAGAGACAAUGGGAAGCUGACUAAAUGUUAUGGGAGAAGUACCUGCAAUCAUUUUGCCAUCUCUAAUACAGUUUUUCUUCCAUGUCUGGGAGUUUUGAGUGCUGUCCCAUGUUAUCUAAAGCGUGGUUAAGAUUUGGCAGUCUUUUCCAUCUGUUGUUGAACCAACACUGUGAUUUUGCUGCUGGUAUCAGAGCUGAAGUUGAGUAUAGAGCCCAACUGACCUUUGGAGCUGAUCGUUAAUUAGCAGACAGUGAAAUGUGGUGAGAAGCACAGCUGGAAGGUGCCUCCUCCUGGUUAGUGGGCAUACAUUCUAAUUCUCUACCUCUCUUAAUCAGACUGAAGUUUGAAAAAGCGUGAAAAUAACUGAGAAUUGGUGAGGUUUGGGGGAGAGGGUGGAAAAGUAGGCUAUGGGAAGAACAGACUUAGUUUUGUAACUUCCAUUUGGAACUGUGACAGGCUGUUCUUAGAUGACCAUCAGUGCUAACGCCUGUAGAAAAUGAUCUUCGGGGUUCCUGGAAUUCCUCACUUGCACAUUUUAUGGUGUUUAUUUUUCCUUAUUCCAAAGGACCUGGGUUCCUGUUGAAAAGUGAUGGAAUAAUCUCCGGCCGGCACCUGACAUGCUGGGGGAGCAUCCCUAAAAGAGCUUGCCUGGGAGACAGUUUGGGAAAUAACGCAGUAACAUGUUUGCAGUAACCAGCAUGUUUUGGAAAUUUGAUCUCCAUUCGUCAUCCCACAUAGAUACACUUCUAGAGAGAGAAGAUGUAACACUGAAGGAGUUGAUGGAUGAGGAGGACGUCCUGCAGGAGUGCAAGGCUCAGAAUCGCAAACUUAUCGAGUUUCUCUUGAAGUCAGAAUGCUUGGAAGACUUGGUUUCAUUCAUUAUCGAAGAACCACCUCAAGACAUGGAUGAAAAAAUACGAUACAAAUAUCCAAACAUAUCCUGUGAGCUGCUCACUUCAGAUGUCUCGCAGAUCAAUGAUAGGCUGGGAGAAGAAGAAUCUUUACUUAUGAAACUGUACAGCUUCCUCUUAAAUGAAUCUCCUCUAAACCCUUUACUUGCCAGUUUCUUCAGCAAGGUGCUAAGUAUUCUCAUAAGCAGAAAACCAGAACAGAUUGUGGACUUCUUAAAGAAGAAACAUGAUUUUGUAGACCUCGUUAUUAAGCACAUAGGGACCUCUGCUAUCAUGGACUUGCUGCUCAGGCUACUGACUUGCAUAGAACCUCCACAGCCCAGGCAAGAAGUGUUGAAUUGGCUAAAUGAAGAGAGGAUUAUCCAACGGCUUGUAGAAAUUGUACAUCCAUCUCAAGAUGAAGAUAGGCAUUCAAACGCAUCGCAGUCACUCUGUGAAAUUAUUCGUUUAAGCAGAGAUCAGAUGUUACAAGUGCAGAACAGCUCAGAACCAGAUCCCCUGCUUGCAAGUCUAGAGAAACGAGAAAUCAUUGAGCAGCUGCUGUCUAAUAUUUUUCAUAAAGAAAAAAAUGAAUCUGCAAUAGUCAGUGCAAUCCAAAUAUUACUGACCUUGCUUGAGACAAGACGACAGACAUUUGAAGGCCAUAUAGAGAUCUGCCCUCCAGGCAUGAGCAAUUCAACGUAUUCUGUCAAUAAAAGUGUUCUAGAAGCCAUAAAAGCACGACUUUCAUCCUUCCAUGAACUCCUACUUGAGCCUCCAAAAAAAAAUGUCAUGAAGACAACGUGGGGUGUAUUGGAUCCACCUGUGGGGAACACACGUUUAAAUGUGAUUAGAUUAAUAUCUAGCCUUCUACAGACAAAUACAAGCAGUGUGAAUCAGGAGCUUAUAGAACUAAACAGCAUAGGAGUUAUACUGGACAUGUUCUUUAAGUAUACGUGGAAUAACUUUUUGCAUACUCAAGUAGAAAUCUGUAUUGCAUUGAUUCUUGCAAGUCCUCUUGAAAGCACAGAAAAUGGCACAAUUACAGAUCAGGAUUCCACUGGGGACAAUCUUUUAUUGAAACAUCUCUUCCUUAAGUGCCAAUUAAUAGAACGAAUACUUGAAGCAUGGGAGAUGAAUGAGAAGAAGCAGGCUGAAGGAGGAAGACGGCAUGGCUAUAUGGGUCAUCUGACAAGGAUAGCAAACUGUAUUGUGCAUAGUACAGAUAAGGGCCCUAACAGCACACUAGUCCAACAGCUUAUUAAAGAGCUUCCAGAGGAGGUCAGAGAGCGGUGGGAAACGUUCUGCUCAAGCUCUUUAGGAGAAACUAACAAAAGGAAUACAGUGGAUCUCGUUACUACCUGCCACAUUCAUUCUUCCAGUGAUGAUGAGAUUGACUUCAAAGAAACUGGCUUCUCACAGGAUUCUUCUUUGCAGCAAGCCUUUUCUGAUUAUCAGAUGCAACAAAUGACGUCCAAUUUUAUUGACCAGUUUGGCUUCAACGAUGAGAAGUUUGCUGAUCAAGAUGACAUCGGCAAUGUUUCUUUUGAUCGGGUCUCAGACAUCAACUUUAUCCUCAAUACAAAUGAAAGUGGCAAUAUAGCAUUGUUUGAGGCAUGCUGUAAGGAGAGGAUACAGCAGUUUGAUGAUGGUGGUUCUGAUGAAGAAGACAUCUGGGAAGAAAAACAUAUUGCAUUUACACCAGAGUCCCAGAGACGUUCCAGUUCGGGCAGUACGGACAGCGAAGAAAGUACUGACUCUGAAGAAGAGGAUGGAACAAAACAAGAUUUGUUUGAAUCGCACGCCAAUACAGAGGACAAAAUGGAAGUAGACUUAAAUGAACCACCAAAUUGGUCAGCUAACUUUGAUGUACCCAUGGAGACUGCGCAUGGCACCAAUCUGGAUACUGUUGGGUCUGAUGUAUGGAGUACAGAAGAACCUAUGCCAGCCAAAGAAACUGGCUGGGCUUCUUUUUCAGAGUUCACAUCCUCUUUGAGCUCGACAGAUUCCUUAAGAAGUAAUUCUCCCGUGGAAAUGGAAACAAACACAGAGCCAAUGGAUCCCUUGAGCGCAAAUGCAACUGGUCUUCCAACACCGCUGGAAACCCCAGGAAGUGUUGCUAUGGAGGCCAGCUCCGAUGGAGAAGAGGAUGCAGAAAAUGCAGACAAGGUAACAGAAACAGUAAUGAAUGGCAGCAUGAAGGAGACGCUGAGCCUUACUGUAGACGCUAAAACUGAAACGGCUGUUUUCAAAAGUGAGGAAGGAAAAUUGUCUACCUCGCAGGAUGCUUCUUGUAAAUAUGUGGUAGAGGAGAACACAGAGGUUGCGGAAGAGGCUCCUUCAGCUUUGCAGCCCACUAACAGCAGUCCAGAACAGAGGACUGAUCAACGCACCCUUUUAGGAGAGACAUCUGUUAAUGGCCCUGUAUGAUAUGUGAUGUCUGCUGCCUUGGCUGAAGAAAAUGAACUGAUACCUGGGGGUUUGAGCGUUUCUUGAGGAUUUCAUCUAGAGCCUGUUGAAGCCAGUUACUGCUGCACUAAUUUUGCAAGGGAUCAGGACCAGCAACAUUUAUAUUCUAGAUUUUAAGACAUUGUACAGAAAUUCAUAAGUGUAAAAAUAUUGCACAUUGAGAAAUACCAAUAAUUUUUGCGUAUGUUUAUAUUGUAUUGUUCUAAUUAACGGGUGGCCUGUGAAAUAAGAUCCUGCCACCCAUGUAAUGAUGACAGUAGUGUUACUAUAGUUAAAAAUGGCUGUAAGAAUAGUUUUAUAAAAAAAAGUGAAUACACAAAUCUAAUGUAUUUGAGACAUAACUAUUUGACGAUUAGUGUGACCAAAGUAUUUAGCAGUUUUUCAUACAUUUUUCACCUUGUAAAAAGAAGGAAAAAAAAAAACAACCAACCAAAAAAAACCCCACACCUGAAUUCAUGUUUCUUCUGGGUUGGCAAAGAAUUGUAGAACUGAAAUGCCCUAUAAACGUUAUUUUGGUUGUUUUAGCUUACAGAAGUGAUUUAAAUGAGAAUUUUGGUGUUCAACAUUUUACAACAGGUUUUUUAAUUGGUAAUUGUUUUCUGUAUUGUUUAAAACAGAUCAAAAAUGUAAGUCUAUUGGUAGAGAUUUUAAGUAUUUAUUGCUACAACUUAGUUGACAAAUUGAUGUUACUGUAAAGCCAUAUGUUCUGUUAAGUCUUGUUUGCUUGAAACAGUACCUUACAGGUGAAACACUAGAAUAUUUGAAGUGCACAUGGCUUGUUGUGUUAAGUGAUUCACCUGCCUUUUAACCCAUUCACCAAGAUUUACUUUAAUCCCCAGCAUUACACGAUGGAACAUUUCAGAACAAUCUGCGUAUUUAAAACGCUGUGAUCCUCUUAGACAAGUCAAGUAAAUGAAAUGCCCGUGCUGCUAAUGUAAUUACAGUACACGCAUUUUAAAAGUAUAUAGUGUUCUUUUAAUACCAAUUUUGGCAGCAGAGCAUGUUAAUUGUUACUUUCACUGUACUGAUCUGUGUGAGGCUUUCAUUUGUAUGUUCUAAACCAGUUUUUUUCGCAGCUGGUUUGUGUAUAUAUAUAUAGUGAUUAUGGAAACUAAUUCUGUGUAAUUUAUAAUUUUCUAUGUCAGUGUACAAUUCCAACAGCCUUCUCAAACAAACGGAAGCAAUAUUCUGUAUAUUGCCACAUUGUCUGGUGAAAGGGUUAAAGUACUUCACCUCCUGCACUUUUAGAUGCAAAUCCAUUUUUAUUUCUGUAAUAAUUAUAUUCAUUUAUUUUUACAUCAUUUGUUUUCCUGACCAGUAUUUAAAGCCAAAAGGAUACUCUAAACAAUGGCCAAUGAUUUAUUUUAGAAAGCGUCCCAAGCAACGUGCCUAAACAUUACAUUGCAUACAGAAAUAAAAAAAAAAGGAAAAAAGUCCAAUGGCAUUGCACUUACUGCUUCCUGUCUUGCAUUUUCCUCCAAAGAUGUUAGUAGCGACUUGUUGCAAACUCAUCAGCUGUGUGAAAACGGAGAAAGAAAACAUUAUGAUAGAAGGACUUGGAAACUAUAGUUGCCUUUUUAUUUGUACCUUAUAAAUGAUGGAAUUGAGUCCGUUUAUGUUGUUUAAUUGCGGAAUUGCUUCCAGAUGCACCUUUGCUGAAAGUGUUACCUAUUAAUGCUGAGGUUGGCAGUUGUCCUUUCGUCACUUUCUAAUCUGUUUUGGAAACAGAAGUGCUCACUUCAGUGCAGGAAUUGCAGUGCAGCUGUAAAUUCCACGCACAGGAGAGCAGUGUGGUGUCUCACUUCUGUCCUUCCAGUGAAGUGAUUUGUACCUCGCUAGCAAGGUGCGUUCACUUCUUACAUGGCCAAGAGGAGUGAACUGACUGAGUGUCAGUCAUUAACUGUAUUUCAGCCCUGUUGCCUGCAGUUCAGCCAAGUCUCGUAGUUUGUCCUUCCUUCCGAUAGUGAACUGAUGUGACAGUCUGCUACUUAGUUCAUACAGGAGAUCAAAAUUUGAAAAGGAGUGUUUUGUCUCCUUUCCCUCAAUUCCUACCAUGUGCUUUCAGGUGAGUAGAGAUGUGAUGGUGGUAAAUGCAGAUUGUUCCUUCAUUGUAGUCUGCCUUCUAUCUAAAAGGUGUGCUAGAGAGAAGGUAAGCCGACCUACUUUAUGCUGAUUCUAGUGGUCUGAUUCUGAGCUACUGCACUUGCUGUUAAGUUGGGAGGUGUGUUAAACCUGGGAUUUAAACUAGAUUCGACGUAGCAAGCUUGUUCUGAGGUCUGUGGUGUGUUUUGCCCACAAGUAUAUUACUUGUUCUGGAAAUCCUGAACUUGAAGGGAAAGCUUUGGCAGUGAAGGGAAAUGGCUCUGUUACCCAAUCUGUUUAAUCAAAUUUGACUUGCUUGCAGUGAACUUCAGUUCUCUCAGAAGGUAUUUGCAAGAUGGAUUAACGUCAAAUACCUCUGGGUGGGUUUGACUUUCUGCAGUUCUGCAGUAUCUGGUAGCAGUUAGCCAGUCGUAGCAAGCUUACUUCAACCUUGUUCUGAAUGCUUGCAUUGCAGCACGUGAUGGUGCUCGUGGCAAUGGGUACAGGUGCAGUCACUGAAAAUGGGGGUGCUGUGGCAUAUGAAAGGACAGUGGAUUUAGGACUCCUCUGUGAAAGGACUUCUGCAAGCAUAGCCAGAGCAGCAGUAUGUGCAGUAGCACCCAGCCGUGUCAGACCUGUCUCUGUUACCUGGUAGAGUGGAUGAAUCUCGCCACCUUGACUGCUUACAUCAGUGCAAAUCUUUGUUAAAAGUAUAAGCCUUGUCCGAAAUUUUUCAGCAAGGUUAUUCCAUUUAAAUAAAGGUAUAAGCUUGAUUAAUAAUAUGAUGCCUUCUGUUGAGUGAGUUGACAGGUAUUCACUGACAGCAGGACAGCUGAAGUAAUCUCAGUAAAUCCUUGUGAAUUCAACUCAUUUUAACCACGCCUUGGAGUGGAGUUUCUCUUUCUGCUAGUAAGCUUUUGUCUCUGCCUCUCAAACUGAGUUCUGCAUUGUCAGCUGCACACUGUGAAAACUCACUGUGACGUUCCCAUGAGGAGGUAAGAAAGACGUAGGAAGAUGAAUUUUUCAUAAUGAACUUAUGUUCCUGUUGGAAUUAGUUUUAAUUUCCUUGGAGAUUACUUUGUUUUGACAUAUACUUUAUACAGUUAGCCAGUUAUAUACAAUAAAUACUUCCUAUUAAUAUACUUAACCAUCACCUCUGGCCAGUAGUGCAAUGCAGCAUGAGUGCUUCAGGCUUUACUGAAGACGUGUGCAUUGUUUCUCAAAAUCAGAAUGAAAAUUAAAAGAUAAUGUGAGAGCAACAAGCUUUUUUUUUUUAAGCUUCUGUCUUAUUUUUUUUUUUGCAUCUUAUUUUCUGUCAAGUAAAGCAUUGACAUCCUUCUAUGCCAUUAUUGUUAGAACUAAGGUUACAGUAUGGAGGAAUCAUAAGCUCAUAGAAUUAAAAAGAUUCUUAAUGUAAAAAUAGAAGUAUUAAACUUGUCUUUGUGACAUCACGGGAAGUCCCACCGUACUUCUUCCUCUUCUGCUACAAGCUAAAGCAGUGAAGAGAACUGUGCUCAGCUAGUAGUAUUUUUCAACAUUUCUCUCUCCUAUAGAUGAGUCAGGGUUAGUGUCUGGUGCGUUUCUUUCUCUCUGAAUCAGCAGGUACUGUGCAAGAUGAGCUCAGAUUACCUUUAGUCCAUCAGCCUAAAUAAUUUUUUAUAUAAAAAUAAUAAACCUUAAAUAAUGUAAUGCUGAUUCCAAGACCUACUUCAAGAGGAGUGUUCUCAUUUCUCAUUUUUUAUUUCUUAUGAGUGUUGGCGGGUGCCUUUUCUGUGGUCUGUGUUCUCUGCAUCUUGAAAUUUGGAUUCUGAAGGCUCUUAACUUAAAUCACAAUUAUCUGUUCUGUAUGUGAUGUGCAGUCACCCAAAUCUGGACUAGCUGCUGAGUCAGGUUUCUCAGUCGUGAGAUGCAGCUUGCCCAAUCGCUCAGACCGAGCUGCCUGUCUCACUGUUUUAGUCUGGGAACGAUCACGUUGGUGGUUGAUUCUCAAGGAAGUCGUAGUGUUGCCUUGUCUUUCUCAAAAGGAACCUGAACCUGUUAUUUACAGAUAUGCCUGGACUGCUUUUGAAUUCCAGUAUGUGUGACUUCUUCUGCUUUUGUUGAGAGAAAGAAAUGCAUGUGACUAAUGGUAGGUUCUUCCCUUUCCCUUUUUAUCUAAACUGUGUUAGAGGCCACAAUUUCAUUUUGGGUAGUAGGUUAAUUUGGUUCAUUUUCUGAGGUUCUGAAGCUUGAUGAUGCAUACAUGACAAAUAAAACCUGUUGCUCCUCA